AUGAGUGAAAAGCUAGUUCAGCAGGUGAGAUUAGGAAAGAAUUCUGGGUUGAAGAUCUCGCCCAUUCUAGUGGGAUGCAUGUCAUAUGGCUGCAAGCAGUGGGCUGAAUGGGUUCUGGAAGAUAAGGAGAAGAUUUUCAGCAUCUUAAAACAUUGUUACGAUCAUGGAUUGCGUACUUUUGACACUGCUGAUGUUUACUCUAAUGGAGCCAGCGGGCGUCUUGUUGGAGAAUUCCUAAAAAAGUACAACAUUGAUCGGGAAACUGUGGUAAUUUUGACCAAAUUGUUCUACCCGGUAGAUGAGAGCCUUGAUCUCAAGCAUGGUGGCACUUUCGAUGAAGAAGAGAAGCUUCAACUCACUCACCACAGAGGUCUAUCUCGUAAGCAUAUCAUUGCGGGUGCAAAGGCCUCCAUGGAGAGGCUGGGAACCUAUAUCGAUGUCCUACAAAUCCAUAGGUUUGACGACGAAACUCCAAUGGAGGAAACGAUGAGAGCCUUAAACUAUGUGGUGGACCAGGGUUUUACUAGAUACAUAGGCGCAUCAACUAUGCGAGCCACGGAAUUCGCAGAAAUGCAAUUUAUUGCGGAGAAGCAUGGUUGGUAUAAGUUCAUCAGCUCUCAGUCAAGCUACAAUCUUCUAUACCGUGAAGAUGAACGCGAAUUGAUCCCGUUUGCCCAGAGACAUGGCGUUGGGUUGAUCCCUUGGUCGCCAAACGCAAGAGGAGUGUUGACAAGACCAUCAAAUCAAACCUCGGAAAGGAUAAAAUCUGACCCUACUUAUAGUCGUUUGGGCUGGAAUGCUCUUAGAGCCAAUCAAAAGGAAAUCGUUGAUCGUGUUGAAGAAAUUGCUAAGACGAAAGGAGUCUCUAUGGCGGUAAUCUCAAUUGCCUGGGUCUUAAGCAAAGGUGCUUAUCCAAUUGUUGGGUUGAAUUCUAUUGAGAGGGUGAACGAAGCCUUGCAGGCUCUAGAUGUAAGAUUGACUGAUGAAGAAACGACUUACCUCGAAGAGAAGUACUUGCCGGUCAAACCUAUGUGA